AUGUUUGUCAAUGAAACCAAGCCUUUCAACAAUCUAUACUUCAGUGGAAAUAUAACUCUUAAAAAAGAUCGCUACUACGAUGGCAUUCCUUUCAACAGGAGGUACAGGUUGCCAUAUGUUAAAGGAAAGUUUACAAGCGAUCAGUGCAUCGUGUGCUUAGAUGAGUUCGUUGAAGACAUGUUCGUGUGUGAAUUGGUCUGCAAGCAUGCAUUCCACUACCAGUGUUGUCGUGAAUGGUUCAUAAACAAAACAAGUUGUCCAAUUUGCAGGAGAAAAAUGGGAGUCUGCGUAGCUGUGCAGUACAGAUAUAAGAAAAAGAAAAAUGCAGACGGCGAGGAAAUAGUUUCUAUCUUCAUUGAAACGUCGCCUUAUAUUUUAUGA